AAUGGCCAAAUAAACCAAAAAGUAGAAGAAAGAUACGACUAGGCUACUAGUCCAAAACUACCCCCACCAAGAAAAAACCAAAGGAAAAUCCCACUCCUCUUUCCUUUUGUUUGCGCUUCCUUCUGCUCUUCGCAGCCACCUCCGGUAGGCGGCUUCCCCAGGAGCAAUGGCGGUCGGCGUCCUCGCCUUACAGGGUUCUUUUAACGAGCACAUUUCCGCUCUCGGCCGAUUGGGAGUGAAGGGUGUGGAGAUUAGGAAGCCAGAGCAGCUCGAGAACGUCAGCUCGCUCAUCAUUCCUGGUGGGGAAAGCACCACCAUGGCCAAGCUUGCCGAGUACCACAACAUGUUUCCUGCUUUGCGCGAGUUUGUGAAGAUGGGGAAGCCAGUGUGGGGGACAUGUGCAGGUCUAAUCUUCUUGGCAGACAAAGCCGUCGGACAGAAAACUGGAGGUCAGGAGCUAGUUGGUGGCCUCGAUUGCACUGUCAAUAGAAAUUACUUUGGCAGUCAGAUUCAAAGCUUCGAGGCAGAGCUUUCAGUCCCAAAACUUGUGAGUCAGGAAGGUGGGCAGGAAACAUAUCGAGGUGUGUUCAUCCGUGCUCCAGCUGUGCUUGAAGUCGGACCAGGAGUCGAAGUAUUGGCUGAGUAUCAUGUCCCAUCUGCUAACGUAUUGUAUUCCAGUUCUGCUGUUCAAAUCCAAGAGGUAGGUAACAUGGAAAAUGCUGUCCCUGAGAAGAAAGUCAUUGUAGCAGUGAAGCAGGGGAACAUAUUGGGGACUGCCUUCCAUCCUGAGCUCACUGCAGAUACACGGUGGCAUAGCUAUUUCCUAAAGAUGGCAAAUGAAACUGGAGAAGCAUCCUCGAGUAGCCUUGUCCCUGCCAUUGGAGUAAAUGCAGCCAUUGGAGAAAGACCGAGGAUUGACCUACCGGUUUUCCAAUAGAGGCAGCAGCAGUGCCCUGUUUCUUAGUUACAGCGCACGUUUCUUUUCUACCAGAAGAAACUGGCUUUUGUCUUUCACACAGAAAUCCAAUUAUGCUGAUUCCUUCAUCUAGUUGGGACUUAGGAGGUUAGCCACGAAUUCCGACUUGAAAUGUAUAUAAACAGCUCAUUUGUUCUUCUCCGUUUGAAAUCAAGUCUUUUACUAGGCCAAGCUAUGGAAAUUGAAUCUCUCCAGAAAAAGGAAACAGAGAAUCUCUCCACCUUAAGCUUUAGACCUUUAGUGAAUACAGAAAUCAGAAAUGUUGCCUCUGCCUAAAGCUUCCGUUACUAAAUACAUGGCUGGAAGCCGAUGAACUUGGUC